ACCUCACGGCUUACCCGCGACCUAGCGCUUGUCAACUCUCCGCCCUCGGCCACCAAAAAGACGACGAUACCAAAGCUCGUAUACGGCACGGCAUGGAAAAAGGAGCAGACGGCCGACCUCGUGUACAUGGCCAUAGCAAAUGGCUUUCGUGGCAUCGAUACGGCCGCUCAGCCCAGGCACUAUGAUGAGAAGGGUGUGGCGACGGGUAUACGUCGAGCGAUAACCGACGGCAUCGUCCGACGAGAGGAUCUAUUUAUUCAGACCAAGUUCACAGCACCUGGCGGGCAGAGCUCCGUGUCACCAUACGACAUGGACGCCUCCCUGGUCGACAAGGUGCACCAGUCCGUGCAGUCGUCUCUACGCAACUUCACCUUUGACGCGGAGCCCUACAUAGACAGCCUGGUCCUGCACUCGCCUCUCAAUACCGCUCAGGAGACGUUGACCGUCUGGAAUACUCUGUCGACCUACACGCCCCAUCCUGUCCGCAACCUGGGCAUCUCCAACGUCACCCUCCCCGUCCUCGAGAGCAUCUGGGACAACGCGGGCACCGAGGGGGUGAGGCCGGCCGUCGUGCAGAACAGAUUCCACGACCUCACGGGCUACGAGGUCCACAUCCGCGCCUUCUGCAGGGAGAUGGACGUCGUCUUCCAGUCCUUCUGGACGCUGUCGGCCAACCCGAGCCUGGCGAGCAGCGAGCCCGUCGUGAAGGUGGCGCGAGGUGCUGGGAUCGACUCCACGCCCGCCGCCUACUACGCUCUCGUUCUGGGGCUGGAGGGCGUCACGGUUCUCGAUGGGACGACGAGCGAGGACCACAUGAGGGAUGACCUAGGUGGCGUCGAGGCCGUCGGGAUCUGGGCCGAGGGCGAGGGACGGGAGGUCUGGGAGGAGGCGCUGAGGGAGUUCAAGGGGCUGAUCGGGGAGCCGUCAUGCUGA